AUGUUAUUGAUACUGAGCUUUUGUACCUAUGUCGAUUUCUUUGACUCCGAAGGCUUAUCGGAGGAUGGACUACUGUACAGCAUGCCAAGCGGAGCAAGCCCCGCGCUGCACCCUAGCAUUCCCUUCGGUAAUCCUCCGGUGAUUCAGACUACGGUCGAAGCGGAGCUUCUGGCUCAAAUGACUUCCUUUCGGAAGGAAAUGGCCAAGCUCCAAGAACAUAACAACCUCCUCUCGUCCAAAGAAACACAGAAUAUUCAAGCUACGGAACCUUCCCAGAGUCUGCAGACCCCCAGUCGGCAAAAGAAGGGGAAGAAGGGGGCAAAGGCAACGCCUGCGCCUUCCAAACAGCUGGUAGUCCCGGCUCCAUGGGACCAGCCUCACGUAUCAAAGAAGGUCUACAUUGACUGUCGCCAUCGGAUCAACGACAAGGAGGCCGAACGGCAGAGGUCCCCAAUUAGGAUCAAUGCUCGCCUGCGGGACUCACGGAUGAGGGUUCUUGGAAACAAAUCACCCAUUAGAAAGGUCCAAGGGUUGGAGUCGGAGGUAGAAUCUGACGAUGAGUAUGCCCCCUCCAAGGGCACCGAAUCAAACUACCGUUCGGAAACUCCCAUGGAGUAUUCGAAGGCAAGACCACCAAGUCCGAGGAGAACUUCCGAAGACUACAGUUCCGAGGAGGUCCCAAGCCGAGACCCCGUUAUCCGUCUGCUCUUCCAGAGAAUUCAGAAGAUGGAAGACGACCGAACCCGGUCCCAGAAACCUGACUGGGGGAAACUUAGGCCGGGACCCUUUACCGAGCGCAUCAAGAAGUCCAGACAGGACAUGGAGGUACAGCUGUUGCGCAUACCGUUUUACACCGGCGUGGAAGACCCCUUGAUGCACCUUCACUCUUUCCAAUCGGCAGUCGGAUGCAAGGGCCUCAGCGAUGAGGGGCAAUGCCUGUUGUUCCCAUCAUUCCUUACCGAAGUCGCUUUGAACUGGUUCUACCGUCUUGAACCAGGAAUAGUAGACUUGUUUGAUGAACUGAAGAAGAUUUUUCUCAAUCACUUCAUGAUCCAAACGGACCGUCUGUACUCUGCCGACGAUCUGUACAUGGCUAGGCAGAGAAGACGAACCCCUACAGGAAUAUGCUGCGCGCUUCAGUCAUGA